AUGUUACUAACACGCCUGCAGAGAACAUCCGGCAGAGACAUACUGGAUGUUGUCCUAUGGCCCAGAAGGAGACAUAGAGAGCGGAUCUCACCCUGGAGAAGUGCCCGGCGGCGCAGCGGGAAGCCACCUCCGUACCCUACCUCAACGACAAGCUGGAGCGAGGUGUCCAACAAGGAGUCCCUUUCCCAGACGGAGGAGAGGAACAGACAGCUGCAGGAGCGUUUAGAGCUGGCUGAGCAGAAGCUGCAGCAGACCAUCAGGAAGGCGGAGACUCUGCCCGAGGUGGAGGCGGAGCUAGCACAGAGGGUGGCGGCCCUCACCAAACCUGACGCCUCGGGCUCUAAGGAUGUCAAGGCACAGAGCAAGGCGGAGGAGCGUCAUGGCAACGUGGAGGAGAGGCUGAGGCAGAUGGAGGCUCAGCUGGAGGAGAAGAACCAGGAACUCCUCAGGGCACGCCAGCGGGAGAAGAUGAACGAGGAUCACAACAGGCGUCUGUCGGAGACGGUGGACAAGCUGCUGUCAGAGUCCAACGAGAGGUUACAGCUUCACCUCAAGGAGAGGAUGUCUGCCCUGGAGGACAAGAAUGCCCUCAUAAGAGAUCUGGAUCACACUAAGAAGCUGAUUGAGGCGGCACACCAUGAGAAGGAGCAGCUACUGAUCCAGAUUGAGACGAUGCGGGCAGAGAACGAUCAGGGCAGGAGCAACUCACUGCUGCACCAUGGGCGGUCUCACCUAGGCAGCACCCCAGACUUCAGGUACCCGGUGUCGGCCUCCUCCAUGAUGGACAGCCACUCGGACCACUACGGCAGCGCGCUGGUGCUGAGGCGGCCCCAGAAGGGGCGGUUUGCCGCGCUACGGGACGAACCCUCCAAGAGACAUGUCCAGACUCUGAAUGAACAGGAGUGGGAGCGUGUGCAGCAGGCUAAUGUUCUGGCCAACGUUGCUCAGGCGUUUGAGUCUGACCUGGACACGUCCGACCUGGAGGACGAUGAGCGCGAGACCAUCUUCAGCUCAGUGGACCUGCUGUCCCCCGCCGGCCAGGCCGACGCCCAGACCCUGGCCCUCAUGCUGCAGGAGCAGCUGGACGCCAUCAACAACGAGAUCAGGAUGAUUCAGGAGGAGAAGGAGAACACAGCCAUGCUGGCAGAGGAGAUGGAGAGCCGGGUGGGCAGUGGGGACAGCCUGGGGGGCAGUCGCUUCCGCUCCAUGAGCUCCAUCCCCCCCUCCUCCAUGGGGGGCUCGUCGCCCCCCGGCUCAGGCUCCUCCACCCCGCGACGCAUCCCCAACCGCAGCCCCAACCGAGAGGUGGACCGCAUGGGAGUCAUGACCCUGCCUAGUGACCUGCGCAAGCACCGCAGGAAGUCUGCCCAGGACGACAAGGCCACCAUCCAGUGUGAGACGUCUCCCCCCAACUCCCCGCGCUCCAUGCGCCUACACAAGGGGGCCAUCCACACUGCCAGCCAUGAGGACAUCAGAGACAUCCGCAGUAUGGCCACCCUACAGGACGGCCAGGGUAGUAACCCCAGCAGCAGUAAUAGCAGUCAGGACUCUCUGAACAAGGCAGCCAAGAAGAAGAGCAUCAAGUCCUCCAUCGGGCGCCUCUUCGGCAAGAAGGAGAAGGGUCGGCCAGGCCCCCCAGGGAGCAAGGAGUUCCCUGGCAGCCAAGCUGGUACCCCCGAGGCGGAGACCUCUCCCCAGGAUGCACUGGGGCUGGGCAAACUGGGCGGCCCCGCUGAGAAGAACAGGAAACUGCAGAAGAAUCCAAAGACAGGGCAUGAGUUGCUGGAGGAGGCUCGCAGGCAGAGUCUACCCUUCGCCCAGUGGGACGGCCCUACUGUAGUGGUCUGGUUGGAGCUGUGGGUGGGUAUGCCAGCCUGGUAUGUGGCGGCGUGUCGUGCCAAUGUGAAGAGCGGUGCCAUCAUGUCUGCCCUGUCGGACACAGAGAUCCAGAGGGAGAUUGGCAUCAGUAACCUCCACCGCCUCAAACUGAGACUGGCCAUCCAGGAGAUCAUGUCCCUCACCUCCCCCUCUGCACCCCCCACCUCCAGAACCUCCACGGGGAACGUGUGGGUCACGCACGAAGAGUUGGAGUGCCUUGCAGCCAUACCCCCCACGGAAGAUGCCGAGGGCAGCUGGGCCCAGACGCUGGCGUACGGAGACAUGAACCAUGAGUGGAUUGGUAAUGAGUGGCUGCCCAGCCUGGGUCUGCCCCAGUACCGCUCCUACUUCAUGGAGUCCCUGGUGGACGCCCGCAUGCUGGACCACCUCACCAAGAAGGACAUGAGGGGACAGCUCAAAAUGGUGGACAGUUUCCACAGGAACAGUUUCCAGUGUGGGGUGAUGUGUCUGAGGAGACUGAACUACGACAGGAAGGAGCUGGAGAGGAGGCGUGACGAGACCCAGCUGGAGCUGCAAGGUAACAGCUGGGAUAACGACGUGCUGGUGUGGAGCAACGAGCGGGUGAUCAGCUGGGUGCAGGCCAUGGGGCUGAAGGAGUACAGUAACAACCUGCUGGAGAGCGGCGUGCAUGGCGCCCUGCUGGCCCUGGAUGAAACCUUCGACCACAACGCCCUGGCCCUGCUGCUACAGAUCCCCACCCAGAACACACAGGCCAGAGCAGCUCUGGAGAGAGAGUACAGCAGUCUGCUGGCCAUCGGCACAGAGAGGAGACUGGAUGAGAAUCUCUUCCAGGAUGAUGAUAAGAACUUCCGGCGCACCCCCUCCUGGAGGAAGAAGUUCCGGCCCAAAGACGCGCGGGGGAUGUCCCCGGGCUCAGCCGACACCCUGCCUGCCAACUUCAGACUGACCAAUAGCAACGCAGCGUCCCCCUCCAUGCAGCCAAAGAGGAGCCCCAUGGACGGGGGUCAGUCUGCAAUACAGAGGCUGGACACUGCCACAGUCAGGACCUACUCCUGCUAACACCACACACGUUUAUCCUCAUUAUUUGUAUAGGUGACUGCUGGUUGGAGGAUGAGGGGUGUGAGUUCCCCUCCACCAGGAGCAGCUGCUGACCCUGCGACGACACUUCAACAGAGUUUUAUUGUUAUUAUAGAUAUAAAAGAACUAGCAACCACAUCACCAAUCUCUAUUUAUGUAAGCAAGCUGGUGGGACAUUUCAUUGAUUUUACAUUUGUUAUGUAUCUCUCUCUUUCUUCACCCCACUCUCCCACCUAAAUCGAAAUAUCCCUCUUUUCUAAACCUUUUCCUACUGUGCCCUUAUCAAGGUUAACUCUCAGAUGUAACUGAAUGUUUUUCGACGGUCUGGAGUGUGUAUAUUUAUAUCAACAGACAUUAUCUAAUCUUUUUUAUAUAUAUUCCUGAUCUUGUAUUGACAAGAUGUACGUUUUGUAUUUCUUUCUCUCCUCAGCUUUUGUUUUUAAUCAUUGAACUGAUGCUCAAGUGACUUUAAUAUGUGACAUUUUAACUGAAUUGUAUCCCUUUCCCUUCUGCCCCAGUCUCUUGUUGUCUUCAAGCAUAUCAAUGGUGAUUAUUUGUAAAUGCAGCUCUUAUAGGACAAUGAGGAUAUGUGAAUAUCAGAAAUAUUGCUGGAGUUCUGACUGACUUUGUUUCACAAACUGCUGUGGUCGCUAAGCACCGGGCGGACCGUAACCACAACAAGGCCCUUGGUAACCUUGGUGACAGGUGACAUGUGAAACAACUCUUUUUUUUUUGUUCUUUCUGGUGAAACCAAACCUGAAAUACUAAAA